GAGAAAUGGAUCUGGCGGAGGUGCUCGUUAUGGCCCUUUCCCUAAUGGCGGUCAGAAAAGUCCAGUCCAAGCCGAGCGGACCUCAUGCUCUCAGAAAUACCAGCAGCAGCACCACAACUGCAGAAUCAGAAAUUCAAAAAUUACGUCUGAUGGAUGGAGGAAGCAACUGUUCAGGCAGAGUCGAGUUGGAAGUCAUGGGUAUCUGGGGCACAGUAUGUGGUGACAACUGGGACCUUGCUAAUGCUGAAGUUGUGUGUCGGCAACUUGGUUGUGGUUCAGCCUCUCGGGCUCUCAAUGGCUCUCAUUUCCAAAAUGGGAUGAGACCCAUCUAUAAAAUGAAAUGCUUGGGGAACGAAUUAUAUCUAUGGGACUGUCUAUCCGAGAGGAGCCAUGAUUGUAGACACAAAGAUGCCGGUGUGAUUUGUUUAGGCUCACUGAGUAUCCAGACGCCUACAGAUACAACAGGAAGAGAAACUGUGACUUCAGUCUCCCAUCUACCCAGUCUCACUUUUACAACUCCUGAAGACGUGAAAGCAACAUCACCAGAUCGGGACCUGCAGAUGACCUGCAUCAUUCUGGGUUUUCUCCUUUUUCUGAGCAUUGUGAUCAUUAUUAUCCUUCUGCUGAAAAGACAGAAGAAAAAUGUAUCUGUCCCCGUCCUGAUGAAUCACACGGUGCAGAAGUUAACCACUGGAGGGGAUGUCUCUCUGAACCUCCACAAAACAGAAGACGUGACCCCUUCAGCAGCCCAUGAAGACUCUGAUUCUGAUUAUGAAGACUAUGAUUUCAGCAAGAAGCCCCCUGUGCCUCUCUCUAAUUUCUAUACUUCUUUUCAUUAUCAAACAACUGGUGAUGACCAAGUUUCACCACCCCACAAUUUCCCCAAACUGACAAUGCGCCAGGAGACCAAAUGUCCCAAGGAUUAUCGGCAACAGGAUGCUAUAGACAGUGACAGCACCUCUUCUGGAGAUGCAGACUGGUACGAGAAUAUCUACAAACCACAACAACACGUGGCGCAACAAGCCGAUGAACCUUCCUUUGCAGGUGAAGAACAGGUGUCCUAAAAGCAGGCUUAACAGUUUUUGCCAAACCUUGGUCAAACGGCUUGACUGGCUCUGGAAAUGAUUCAUCUGACAGUAGUGAACAUCAUAACACGUGAUCCUAAGGACCUGGGCUGCUGAAGGGAGACAGCUUCAUGCCUGGCCUCUCCUACAAAAAUCACCAAGGUUGGCAACAAUAACCUGAGAACUGAGAGAGAGAAUUAUCCACAAUUUCAGUCUUGAGGACUCAGCAUUGAAGAAAUCGACCAGAGGAUUUCAGGAUCUUCAGCAGCUGCAAAGGCACAUCAAUGACUAUUUCCCUCCCUUGUUCAAUGAGAAAUAUGCCUCCUUUAUAAAGACACAUAUUUCUAUCCUGCCCUACCAUGGGAGAACUUUGUGGGGGAUUAGGAUUAGCACUGAGCUCUUGAUUCCCCUUAUUUGAUUUUGUUUUGUCACACAGUGAGAUGCCAUCAAACCAAGAUGGAACUUCAAAAUACUAGAUAAGCCAAAAGAACAGAAUAUUCCAGCCACAUCACCUUGUUAGGGUGUUGCUGCUACCUUUUCAGGACCUCUCUUCCAGGAACCAAGAGGCCAGUUUUGUUUUUGAGGAAAUUGUUAGGUUUAAGACCUGAGGCUGGUUAGAGAUUUUUGGGGUAGCAAUGGGAUUCUCUCAUGGAUGAAAUUAAAUGCCAAUGCUGCUUCUCUUGAAGAAAGUUUGGCUGUCUCUUAAAAGAUUCUGAAAGGAAGGUCUAGGUUUUUAUAUUGAAGCCCGGGAGUAGCUAUGAAAUGCCAAAUGUGUGACAGAAACUGUCAGCCAUUCAAAGUAUGCGCAUAUGUGCAUGCACAUAUGCACUGCCUUGUAUAAGAUAUUUACUAUGUUUGGGUUGGUAUCUUCCCACAUUUUCCAAUGUUCUAAUCACCCAAAAACAAAAACACAAACCACCCCAAGAAGAAGAAGAAGGGAAAGAUUAAGGAAGUUUAUAGUUAAGUACCUCAUAGCUAUCAAUGAAGAAGAUCUAGGAUGUUUCCAAAUUGGGUUUGUGCAUCUGUGAGAGAGGCAGAGCAAGUGUGCCACUAGAUUUCCCCAUUUAUAAAAUUGUAAGGGAGAGAUCCAGACACCAACUCUCCUAUGUUUCCCCACCUCUUGUUCUACUAAGGAGACAAUACUGGUUGUUUAGGCCAUCUCUUUUUAUUUUUAUCCUCUCAACUUGGAAAUGUCCUAAGUGACCCAUCAAACAAAACUAGGGUGACCAUGUAUCAUCUACAAAAUCUAGAAAACCACUAAAUGACAGCAAAGAGACAGCGUUUUAUGUUUCUUUGCUGCCAUUUUAGUGUCAUGUGGAUUAUUGCAGACAAAAUGUAAUUUGUCUGGCUGCAGCCUAGUAUCUUAUCUGCUGUGUAACAUUUGCCAUUUUGGCUUGGAAAGGAUGGUUUAUGGUUUGAUGUACUACAAGAACUAGCCUACCUUGGUUAAUUCAGUAAGCCAUAUUUAGACCAAUUAUGACUUGGCAUGCCAUGCCAAAAUAAUUAUAGUAUGGAAAACUUUCUUUUCUUGUGUACAGGAAAUGAGUAAUGAAGUUCAGCCCCUUCAUAGCAAGAUCGUUGUUUUCCUCUGGGAUGUGUGUAACUCUGGGAUUUCAUGAGCUGGAAGUAGGACAAAACACUGUUCAAAAAGCAUUUGUUUGAAUGUCAAGCGUGAAGCCUCUCAAAACAGAGUAAGAUGCACAGUUGCUAGAACAGGAAGACUCUAACAAUAUAAGCAUAAUAUAUAUCUAAAGGAAACUGUAUGUAGUCUUAUUAGUCAUUCUCAGAGUAUGAGCAGGGUUGCUGCAUUUGUGUAAUUAUCUAAGAGAGAAAGCUUUGCCUUUUUUUUAAAAUGUCCUUUGCAGAUUUUGCAAGUGGAGAAGACACUGAGACCUCAAAUAGAAUGUUGCAAUAUGAUUGGCGCCUGGAUUCAUUCCAUUUGCUCAUCCCUAAUGACAUACUUCCUGAUCCCAUUCUAGCUUUUUUUUUUAUCAUGAAGCAUGUUUUUCUUCAUUGGAUUGAUCUGAACACCCCCAGAAUAAGAUGCCUAUGCAUGUUGAUUAUGCACUAUAAAGUUGGCAUUGACUUUUAGCAACAACGUAGGCAGAUUUUCUUCAUGAUGAUCUCUCCCUAACCUGGUGCUUCAGGUCUUCCACCAGUGUACCCAUCCCCACUAUAAUGAAAUCCAUCCACAUUACUGCUAGUCAUUCUCUUCUUUUCCGUUCCACCUUUCCCAGUAUUCCCAGCAUUUUUCAAAGAACUGGGUUUCUGCAUAGAGUGUCGAAAGUAGGAUAAUUUGAGCCUGGUCAUUUGUGCCUUAAAUGAGAACUAUGGACUCGUUUGCUAAAUAAUCCAAUUGUUGGUUUCCUUAGCUGUUCACGGUGUUUUCAAGAAUCAGUUUCAAUACCUAGUUCAAAAGUGUCAAUACUGUUUCCAUCCUGUUUUUUUAAAGUCUGGGCUAUGCAUUAGUAUGGCAGUAUUCCUUUCAGGAUCAAUUGCUUGAAAGUAGACCAUAAACAGAAUAAAAGAAAGACAAACAGCAUGAUCUCCUAGUAGUCCUGGUGCUUCUAGGUACCUCAUUUGAUGUCCAAUAGCUCCAUGCACCA